AUGAUCCAGGCCCCUUUGUUCCUGGGCUGUGUCUUACUGUCCUCCGUGACCGCCUUUCCAAGGAAAACACAGACUGGUACCCUGGCCCACCAGCCAGCUGUCGUAGAAGCGGAGCCUACAUCAAUCGUGUUCUCCGGCCAGAUUCCCGGUCCAGCCCCUGGCACCUGCCGGGACCUCCUGUACACGGUGCCCUCCUUAGCUCCCCUGCCUGAGUACCUGUCCCUCUUAGCGCUGACGGUGGUCCUGGAGGACUUUGGCUGCCCGGCGGAGGUGCGCUAUCUGCAGCUUCAGCUCAGUAAAACGGGAGGAAAAGAUAGGACCAAAACCCUCCUUGAGAGGCUAAGGCACAGCCGGGAAGAAGGGAUUGGCAAUACCAAAGCCAUUUUGAGGCCUCUAGGGCCUUCCCCUGGGCCUGAGGCGUGUACCUCUGAACAAGGCCAGGUGUUGUAUGAGACUGCAGAGCUGCUGCCUGAGUUCGCUGAGAAGCUCCCGGCCACUGACCUGGUACAAGAGUUCAAGGCUUCCACUGACCUGGUACAAGAGUUCAAGGCUUCCACAGUCAAUGUCACCCAAGAGUGCACCAUUGAGUCUUGGGAACAUUUAUAUGAAACAGUCAACAGGCUGAUGGAAAGCCCAGAAUUUGAAAAUGCCACAAUCCCCGUAACAGACCGAGUAUAUUUCAUUGCUCGGCUUGCAGUCCUUAUAAAACGUAUUUUCGCGGGUCUCUUACUGAACUAUUUUCAGUCUUGUUUUGGAUAGACAAGGCCUCACAGGCAUCUCCCGAACUUUCUCACAGCCCUUUAGUGGGUCUGCGCACGCAGACUG